AGUGCAGUGCGGCGAGACAUUGUGUGCGCUCCUGCGUCUGCAGUUUGUGUUAAUUUCAAAUCGGAAAUGCAAAUGUCAAGGGUUUCUUCACAACGAAUCACCCAAUUCCAAGGUCUUCUCCGCGGCCUAAAUCACCGCUUCACUUCUUCCUCUUCUCCCUCCCCUUUCCGCAACCCCGCGCUUCGCGAUUCUUCUUCUCUUUCUUCAUUUGCACCAAAACCCUCUUUGUCAAAUGCCACGUUCCGCUCCCCGUCGCCGACCCCGAUAUUCUACCCUUCUGCGGGGCAACGCGUUGGCAAUGCCUUUCGAUUCUUCUCCUCAAAGUCAUCGAAUGUAGAUAAAGGUUUUGCGCAGAAGGUGUUGGAUAAACCCGCUACUGCACUGACCUCUGCUUUCUCGCGCUACCGCGAGGCCAUUGGCUUGCAAAUCGAGGCAUUCUUCAAGAGGAACUCUCUCUUCCUGUUCGGUGCUGGUGGUGUUAUCGUUUGCGCUCUUCUUUGGAGGAUCCUCUUUGGAAUCGCUAACCUCUUCGUUGGACUCUCCGAAGGCAUGGCUAAGUAUGGCUUCCUUGCCCUUUCAUCUGCUAUCGUUGCUUUUUCUGGCUUGUAUAUCCGUUCAAGGUUCACAAUCAACCCUGAUAAAGUUUAUAGAAUGGCCAUGACAAAACUUAACACCUCUGCUGGGAUUCUUGAAGUUAUGGGUGCCCCCCUUACUGGAACUGAUUUGAGAGCCUAUAUAAUGUCAGGGGGCGGCCUUGCGAUGAAGAAGUUCAAGCCAAGUAUUAGGAGUCGUCGAUGUUUUCUCAUUUUCCCCAUAACAGGGUCUGAGAAAAAGGGUCUGGUCAGUGUUGAAGUCAAGAAAAAGAAGGGCCAGUAUGAUAUGAAGCUGCUGGCUAUUGAUGUUCCUAUGGCUUCUGGUCCAGACCAGCGGUUGUAUCUUAUUGGGGAUGAAGAAGAGUACAGGGUUGGCGGGGGACUAAUAUCUGAGCUAAGAGACCCUGUAGUGAAAGCAAUGGCAGCAACCAAAGAAUUUGAUGAUCUUGAUGAGAUUGAGGAAGAGGCAGAUGCUGAGAGAGAACGUCAGGAGGCUGAAAGAAAGGACCGUGAAGAAGUUGAAAAGCUUGAAAAUAGUGGCACCUAGUGAUAGGCCUUGACAAUCUUCUGAUUUCUUCCCUUGUUUGAUUACAGGAGUUGAUGUUGUUUAGAACACACUUGAUUUGUAUCAGUCUGAAAUUUCCCAAGAUUUGGAGCUCCUUGUACCACAAAUGGCCAAGUGUAUCUGAACCGAGGUUGAGAAAAUAAAGCUGACAGGGACCAACGUGCAUUGGAAUGGA